ACACAUGGCCACUAGGGUUUGCAGAAGCGGGCGUUUUAAGUAUGCAUCUGCCCUUGAUCAGGAUAUUCCUCUUUCUCACCCUACGAUGAUCCUGCAAUCAUCACCAUCUAGCGGCCCAGGACGAAGCAUCGGAUAUUCGACAAACCGCAUUGGCUUUCGUCGUCCAACUAUAUAGUCGCAGCUUAGAAUGGAGGGAUUUUAUAUGGGUUUCUAAUUGAAUUGAAUUUUAUGUUACGGAAUACGCAGGCAAAAAGAAAUAGUUAGCAAAAACACUGAGCAACUAUAUCUUUAUCAGCAGCAACUUUCUAGAUCUGGUUUGGAUGGCGUUAUUUUACCAAUUUAUCCUGUUUUAGCAAGCGUAUUAGCUGUAUUGUAAUUACAUACACAGCUAACUACGCCGACUAAGAUUUUGUUUCUCACCUCCCCAGCCGUGAUCGAUUGCUCGUACGCUUUUAUUCUUCAUUCUUCUAUUGUACUGCCAACAAGGAAAAUUCGUGAUUCUCAACCUCUCGCAAACAACCACGAGAGUUGGGUCCUUGCAAAAAUGAUAAACCUGUCAACCGCUUGGUGAUAGCAGCCGGGCUCUAGCAGAAUGUUCAUGCCUGCCGGUGGCUUUUCUGACGAUGUAAGAAUAUGAGACAUACUGGCUAAUGGGCAGAUUUAUACUGCAUGCUUAUUGUCUAGUUCUCUCACAUAAAGUAGUCAGAGGGAUGCUGCUCACUUGAGCCAUGCCAGCAGUUUUCAUUCCUCGCCCCCAAGACUGAUUGGCUCGACUUAUUUAAUGCAGCUGGGAGUCAGGCCAUGACAUUGGCCGCCCAGCAGAGCCUUGUCAGAUACAAACCACAGGCGGGGUAAUUAGAUGCAAUGAGGCUGGCAAGUCUAUGAAACUCCCACGUCCAUCACCUGAAGUUUGAUCGGAGUGCUCGAGUAUCCUAACCAAGCUUCAUCCUGUUUUUAUUAAUGUCUCGACUUCGGAUUAUCAUAGUCAUUGAUACGACCCAAUGUCAUCCUCGGUGAGCAGAUUGAAACAUCAGGACUAUACGAUCGCAUGGAUAUGUGCGCUCCCUCUGGAAAGUGCCGCCGCCGAGGCGAUGCUGGAUGAGAGACAUCCUCCCCUGCCAACUAGUCCAAAUGAUGAGAACACAUACGUGCUCGGGAGGAUAUGCGCUCAUAAUGUUAUAAUCCUAUGCCUUCCAUCAGGUGUCUAUGGCACGACGGCAGCCACGAACUUAGCCUCCCAAAUGAAGUUUACUUUUACGGCAAUACGCUUUGGGUUAAUGGUUGGCAUAGGAGGUGGGGUUCCAAGCAAGGAAAUUGAUAUUCGACUGGGUGAUAUAGUGGUUAGCAAGCCUACAAGAGAAUUCGGGGGUGUCAUACAGUACGAUUAUGGCAAAACAGUGCAACAUGGGCAGUUUGAGCGUUCAGGCAUGUUGAAUAAACCUCCGCCGGUUAUUCUGACUGCCAUAUCCAGACUGCAGGCUGCCCAUAGAUUAGAGUCUAGCAAGAUUCCAGCGUUCAUAUCUGAAGCUGUGUCAAGGAAUCCCCACUUUGCGCCGAUUUCGACGUAUCCUGGAGAAAUUUUCGAUAUUUUGUUUGAAUCCGAAUAUGAUCAUAUUGAGUCGGGGAUCACCUGUGACGACUGUGAGUUGAAUCGAGUAGUGAAACGGAUUACCCGAGAUGACCAUGACCCUGUUAUUCACUAUGGCCUUAUCGCCUCUGGGAACCAGGUAAUAAAGCACGGCCAGACCAGGGACAGGUUAGCUCGGGAACUCGGCAUUCUUUGCUUUGAGAUGGAGGCGGCUGGCUUAAUGGACGUAAUUCCCUGCUUAGUGAUUCGAGGCAUCUGUGAUUACGCAGAUUCCCAUAAAAACAAACGAUGGCAGGAUUAUGCGGCAGCAAUUGCUGCCGCAUACGCCAAAGAACUUCUCUCUGUCAUUCACGAAAACCGGGUUGCAGAUGAGCCAAAAGCAGGUUCAUCGAGUCAGCUCUAUCAUUGUCAAGAUCUCUCCGUUAGUGAGCAAAUGCGAUCUGGCGGCCUAACAGUUCAAGAUAAGGGUGACGGCCACAUCGACGAUUGGCUAAUUGAAAGAAUUUCAAAGUACGACCAUAACAGAGUCCAUCGAAGGCUUUUGCAUAAACGACUUCUGGGAACCACGGAGUGGUUCCUCGCCCAUCCUGAUUUCAAAGAAUGGCUUACUGGAAACACCAUUCCCACUUUAUGGUGUUCUGGCAAGAUUGGCUCAGGCAAAACAAUUAUAGCAACGUCCGUGGUGGAGGAAUUGAUAUAUCGUUCCUCUAAGCUGCGUGCUCCCAGUAUCUUUUUCUACUGCGAGACCGAGCAUCCCAGAUCACUCCAGCCAUCAUAUAUUCUCUCCAGUUUCAUCAAACAACUAUGCAGGUUCCUCCACGACGCGUACGUACCUUUCCCGAGAGAUCUAAUUCGAGAGAUUCACAUGUUCUUUGGACGCGAGCCACACACACCAGAUUUUCAAGAUCUAGAAGACCUUUUCGGCGACCUUUAUCGUUACGCCCCAAACACGGCGUAUGUCAUUGAUGGAAUUGAUGCUCUCGAUCAAGGAAAUUGCAGCAAUCUUCUAAAAUUCAUUCUGCGCCAUUUCUCUUGCUCAAGUGAUCGCCAAGGAUCAAAAUGCAUACUGCUAAGCAGGGAGCAAGUUCCAGGGUUCAUGGACAUCAGUACUUUCAUCCCAGGAAUCCGACAUAUUUCAACGUCUUCCCAUGUCAUGCGAGAUAUUCAGAUGUACAUCGAAACGACUAUCGCCGACAAAACCUUGUCCAGAAAGCUCACCACAAAUUCUUCAUUGUUACAUGAGAUUAAAGAAACUCUAUUACAAGAGUCCUCGGGGAUGUUUUUGUGGGUCUAUCUCCAGCUUGAGAUCUUGUGGGAUACUUGCUUCACCGACGCACAAAUACGAUUAUCAUUAGGACAGCUUCCAAAAGAUCUAGAAGAAACCUAUCGUCGCUGCGCUCAAAGGAUAGUUAUGCUGGACAACAUCGCGGUCAAGGUAUUGAAGUGGGUCAGUUUCGCUACGAGGCCCCUUCAUAUUGAAGAGCUGAGAGAAGCUGUUGCAUUUACUCCACUAGAUACUGAGUGGGAUGCGGAGAAAAUACCACAGCAAGAAAUCGUUGCUGGGUGUUGUGCAAACCUCGUAGUUGUGGACCCUAUUGACGGCUGUGUACGUUUUGCUCAUAGUUCUGUAAAACAAUACCUUGAGAGUAACCACGGAAGCCACAUUGAGGGGUAUCCUGUCAACGCAGACCAAGGAGAUCUAGAAUGUGGAGAGUAUUGUCUUGUCUAUCUUUCCUUCUCCGACUUCAGCCUCCAAGUGACAAGGGCAGAAGAGGUGACGGUCGCCUUUCCAAACCCAGCGGCUCUCAUUAAGGGAGUUUUCCGUUCAUCAUUGAUGGCACCUUUCCGCCGAAUUCCGAGGGGCCAAGAGGGCUUCGUUCCUGUACGAGUCCCAAAUACACGCGCAAAAAGGACAUCUGAUCGAACCAACUAUAAGUUCCUUAAUUAUGCCGCUAGUGGCUGGGCACUCCAUAUGAAAAAUAUCGAUACUGCAUCGCCCUCCUGGGAACGGUUUGAACAUGUCGCAACAAAUUUCAGUGACUCUUGGAAUUUCCAUCCUUGGGUGAGUGGUGGCCGUUCGGCACAGUCGCGUCUACAUGCUCUCUUUGGCUGGGCAGUCAAGGAACAUCACGAGCCACUUUUGUCCAUUGCUCUGAGGUCGAAGAAGGAUUUACUGGCUAUCUGUGAUCUACCCCUGGUCGAUGAAGGGUUUCCCGCACUUCAUCUUGCAUCGAAACUUGGGCAUUACGCAAUUGUUCAACAUUUGUUGCGCUUCUGCAAAGUAAAUGUGCUAGAUGUGGAAGGAUAUGCUCCAUUGCACUACGCUGUGGCCAAACGCCGUUUGGACGUCGUGCAGUUGAUUUUACGCGCUAAUGGCUGCAAAGUGGGCAUUAAAUCCCGGACUGGGGACACACCACUUUUCCUAGCUGCUAUCAACGGAGACGAGGAUAUCGCACUGGCUCUUCUCAUGGAUGGUACAAGGACCAAGAACGGAAACGCUUUUAAAUAUUACGUCUCACUCUUUUCUCCAUUAGCAGCGGCUUGUAAAUAUGGGCACCCAACGAUCGUCCAAAUGUUACUAGAACAUGGAGCUCUUCUAGGACAAGACUAUAGCUUCGGGAGGACACCUUUAUCUCUUGCUACCACAGCGGGACAUACAGAUAUAGUCGAGCUCUUACUUAAAUGGGGGUCACCCCCUGACGGCAACAACCGGGACGGUUCCACACCGCUCACAGAAGCUGCACGUAUUGGAGACGAGAAGCUGGUACAGAUGCUGCUUGAAAGGACUAAAAAUCUGGACUGUGAAGAUCACGAUGGCCGUACGCCUUUCUUCUGGGCGUCAAAAGAAGGCCAUGUGGAGGUGAUGAAAUUACUGCUUGCAAAAGGUGCUGAUUACGGGCGUGCAGAUCAGUUUGGUGAUACGCCUUUAUUCCAUGCUGUAAGGAGGAAUGAUGUGGAGAUGGUUCGCGUUCUGCUCGAGAUGGGUGCAGACCUUAAGACGAGAACUCAUGGCACCAACCUAUUGGACUUUGCGCGCCAAGUGGGAGAAACAGAAAUAAUAGAACUGCUGCUCAAGCAUGGUGCCACUGACAGUACUGAGGCCCAACUCGGCGAGGAAACCUGACAACGUCGUUGAGUCGGAAGUACAUUAUUGGGAACCGGAGGGGAAAAAACGGCUGGGACUGCGGAGGAGCCUGAGGAGAGCCAAAGAGAGGUAAGGUGCCUGGGGUGGUGGCGUAAUGGUGGCCAGCCCGUUCGCAGGCGGCAAAGGAGUUAAAAUAGCAGGCACACGCCGAGCAGAUAUAUAUCUGUUUCAUGAAGCCACAGAUACUCCGCAUUCUCCACGGAAACAAGAAGAGAGAAAAUAUGGUCGAAAGAUCCGUUUGUGUUCGCAUGUGCUCCACACACAGCGCAAAUUGCCAAAAGGGCAGUGUGAUGUAAUGUAUAUAGUGAGCUCCCUCUGCACAUAGCGCAUAGCGUUCCAAAGCAUGAUUAAAAAGAAUAAUGAAGCUGACGAUCAAUGCUUAGAUAUCUCUCUAUUUUCUAUUUAUUAUAGAAAAACCAACUUUUCCAUGCAAAAAACACUGUAACAUGACAUCACAUGCACCUCAUCAAAAAUAUUUGAAUGCUCUGACUCAUACAGCUCAGAUCAAUCUUCAAAUCUUCAUUCUUUUUUUCAUUCUGCUCUUUUCAUACAUUCUCUAAGUAUUUACAUUCCUUAUACUCUUCUCUAUGUUCAUUUUUGAUCUCUGUGUUCAUGGCAUGCACUGCUAAAUGCCCUGUAACAUGAUCUCAUGUGAUGUCAUGUGCACCCCUUUGAAUUCAUGGAUGGGAUUGAACAGCCGGCUCUGUGGCCUGCACAGCUCUGAUUAAUGGUGAUAGGGGUGAUACGGGGUGGAAGAGGGUGGUAGGGGGAGAGGGUGGUAGGGGCGGUAGAGGUGGUGGUGGUGGUAGAGGGGGUAGGGGGUGGAAGGGGUGGAAGGGGUGGUAAGGGGGGGGUAGAGGCCCGAGGGUGGAAGUGGUAGAGGGGGCUGCGCAUUGAUGCUUGUAUUAGAGAAUGCAAAAAGCUACAUUGGGCAAACAAGUAUAUAAAAAUAACUAAAUUAUAAGUAAGAAAGAAGAAAGGGGCAUGAAUGGAAUUCACAUCUCAAAAGAAACAACAAGACUAAUA